AUGGACUGCGAUGUGGGCGGCCCCAGUUCCUUUGUCCAGCGCCUGCAGCAGCGCGGUCCCCUCGGGCACCGCCCGCGGGUGCUCGUGCGCGGCACGCCCCGCGCGCCGCGCGCGGGCGAUGAAGCGGGGGUUUCGGCGCUGAGGGAGGCGGUCAAGGCGAUCUGCAGCGAGACGUUUUCCGGCAGUCGAGAGCAGCUGUACCGACAUGUAGAAGCUCUCUGCGUUUCAGGUCGCGGCCAGCAGGUCUUCCAGGAGCUCCUGGAGGAGGUCGCUACUCAGCUGGACCUGCACCUAGCCACAGUGGCCGACAGGGAGGACAGCCAGCUGCAAGAGUUGGUUUGUGUCUGGAGGAAGAUGGGGCGGGUUUUCAAGGACCUCUGCAAGAUCUACAGCUUCCUGGACCGCUCUCGGAACCCACGACGAGAGGCCUUCGCCGACCUCUUCCGCGCGCGCCUGGCCGCCGCGCUCGACGGAGCGUCGCUCCGGGCGGCGGCCGCCGCCGGCGCGCGGCGGCUGCUGGACGCCGAACGGCGGCAGGAGGCCAUGGACCCGGAGCUCUUGAAGUCGCUGGUGGAGCUCCUCCGGAGCCUGGACUUCUACAAGGACUUUGAGGUGGCCUUUCUGGAGCAAAGUGCCCAGUUCUACCGCGAGGCAUCGGACUGCUGGCAGCGGGAGAAGUCCUUGGCGGAGUAUUUGCUCCUUGCGGACGAGCAUUUGAAGGCCGAAGAGCAGCGAUGUGACACAUAUCACCUGGAGCCUUCUACACUGCAGCCUUUGCUGGAGGUGCUGCGCCAAGAGGUUUUGGCCAAGAAGGCUGAAGACCUCCUGGAGUUGGGCUUUGCCCAACUCGUCUGCGACGUGCAGGUGAGUGAUCUUGGACGCCUCUAUAGGCACUACAAGGAGGUCGACGCCCUCGCGCACCUGCGGAAGGCCUUUGGCGAGGCCGUGCGGCAGGGUGGGCGCCGCGCCAUGCAGAGCAGCGAGGACGCCAAGCAGGUGGUCCCCGAGCUGGUUCGAUGGCUUGGCUCCACGCAGGAGGUGCUGAGCCUUGCCUUCGGAAACGAUGCAGGUUCGGCCAUCGCGCAGAAGGAGGCCUUUGAAGGAUUCCUCAAUGCGGCGCCGAACCACGCGGCCAAACUGUUGACGCGGUACCUGGAUGUCUUGCUGCGGGGUGACGAGGUCACGCCGGCCGAGCCGCUCGCCUUUGCACCACCAGCACGUGUGGAGAAGGAGAGCUUGGAGGUGCGCAUCCAGCGAGCGCUGCAGAUCUUCCGGUACUUGGCCGCUAAAGACGCGUUCGAGGCCUUCUUCAAGAAGGACUUGGCCAAGCGGCUCCUGCAACGCUCUGCCUCUGAAGGGGAGCUGGCGGCGACCACGUGGCUGCGAGAGGAGUGUGGCGGCGCCUACACCGCGGGCAUCGAAGGCAUGUUCCAAGACAUGGAGAUCUCGCGCGUCUUGGCGCAAGUCUUUCACUCGGAGGCCAAGACCCUCCUCGAGGAACGGAUCUGCCUCUCGGAGGUCUCGGUGCUCACCACUGGAAAGUGGCCCUCCGUGCCUUCAAGCCCGGCCAUCAAGCUGCCCAUGCCGAUCCAACGGCUCAUGACUUCCUUCGAAGCGUUCUACGGCCAACAGCACCGUGGUCGCAGCCUCCGCUGGUGUCCUGCGUGGGGUCGCUGCUGGCUGCGGGCGAAUGCUGCUGCGAAGAAGGAGCUGGUGGUCUCGCACUUCCAGGCCCUGGUGCUGCUUUGCUUCAACGGCUCAGAUGUCCUUAGCUACGAGAAGCUGCAGGAGCUGACGCAGAUCCCGCCCGCCGAGCUCCAGCUGACGCUGCAGAGCUUGUCUCUGCACCGGACGGUGAAGCUACUGCUGAAGGAGAACCCCAAGGAGAGAGACGUGUUGCCUGGCGAGACCUUCUCCUACCAUGCCAACUUCACCCACAAGCUCUACCGGAUCACUGUUUCACAAAUCUCGCCCAAGGAGCAGCUGCAAGAGGAAGACGCUGUGGAACAGCGUGUGGUAGGGAGCCGGCAGCACGAGUUGGAUGCAGUGGUCAUCCGUGUGAUGAAGUCGAAGAAGAGGAUGACGCACCAGGAGCUGCUGGCAGAGGUGCUCUCCUCGGUGCGCUUCCCCGUGGAGGCCGCGGAGCUGCAGCGGCGCAUCGAGUCGCUCAUAGAGCGUGAGUAUCUCGAGCGGCAGCCGCCCAAUGACCAGGGCAUCAUCUCCUACAUCUACUUGGCAUGA